AUGGAUAAGUUUGAUAUGCCUUUGGUUGAUACAGUGACAGAAUUAACAAUCCUAAAUCACAACUUCAAAGAAAGCGUUAAAAAUAUUGUAAGCCCACUUAGUGAUGAGGAAAUUGCACAAAUUUUAACUACCGAUCCAUUCUUUUUCUUGUAUCAAUUCUCAACAAAAACAAAUAUUGAUCCAAUGUACAUAACGGGAAUGGAUUUCAUUGAGUUCUUCCAAACUAUUGAGUCUGAGUUCAAUGAUAUUUUCAGCUUAGCAAACACUUGUGCCAAUAGGUCAGACAAAGUCAGAGGAUUGAUGAUGUUUGCCCAAUUAGCGCAACUUGCCGGAGGCAAUACGCCACCACAGACCCUGGACGACUUUGUGGUGUUAGCAACAGAGGCAAAAAGUUUGUUGUAA